GCAUCUCUGUCUGCUUCCCGAUUGCUCCUCUCUACCCAUCUUCCAUCUUCCAUCUUCCAUCUGCAACACUUCUCACCAGAUCCUGAGCUUGAAUUUUCCGGCAUCCUCAUCUGCCGAUUGUUCCUCUCUACCCAUCUUCUCCAUCUGCUGAUUGCUCCAUCUUUUUCCCCUUUUUCUGAUUUCGCAUCUCCCUCUGCCGAUUGCUUGCUGUACCCAUCUUCCAUCUGUCGCACUUCUCACCAGAUACCGAUUUCGGCAUCCUCAUCCCAGAUCCAGCGCUUUCUGUGAGGAACUGUUUCAUUAGAGGAUUAGUUGUGAGAUAUGUUCAACUACCACCCGAAGGAGUGGAUGUCAAAUUACUUCAUGACGCCGCAAGAAGAGAAGCUCGAGGCGGCUGAAAUUGAUAGGUCGACCUUUUCACUUUCAGCGUAUUGUAAUGAACAUCAAAACAUCUGCAUUAAAUGCUUUAGCUUGUUGCGGUUUUUUCUUCAGACCAAACCUUAUCUUGACAUUGCUGAUUGCUGUUUGUAUGCGACAAUUUAAUGAAAAAAAUUUUCAUUGAGACAGUGCCAAUUAAUCAGUAUUUAUCAU